AUGGCACACAGCAUAUUUUCGCCGUGGUACUGGUUCCUCAAGUUCUCGGCUACGGUGCUACGUACCAUUGUGUUCGUGAAACGAGGAACACAGCAUCACCUACGAAACCGUGCUUUGCCCGACGGAAUCGUCCGCGAGACGUUCCAAGUACCUUCUCGAGACAAGGGCCGUUCGAUCGGUGUGGAUCUUUACCGGCCAGCUGGUGCUUCUGCUUCAGACAAGCUGCCCGUCGUUGUGAACUGGCACGGAAGCGGCUACGUGAUCCCAAGCUGGGGUGAAGAUCGCGAAUUCAUCAUCCAGGCUGUCAAAGCGCUGGGCUGCAACGUCCUCGAUUGCGAUUAUCGCAAAGGCCCCGAGUACCCCUUCCCCUCGGGACACGACGAUGCCGAAGACGUGGUAGCGUGGGUGCUGACCCAGUCGCAACGCUUCGAUGUUGACAAGGUGGCUCUUUCAGGCUUCAGCGCCGGUGCCGGUCUCGCUCUCAACGCCGGCAACGUCCACGGACCCGGCAAGAUCCGCGCCAUCUCGUGCCUCUACCCACCUGUCGAUGUUGCGCCUGCUCCACCCGAGCGCCCUACACCUUACGAGCCCCGCAGCGGCGUACAUCUCACGCCCAGAGUGGUAGCUUUGUUCAACAACAGCUACAUGCCCGACCUCUCGACCCGCUCUUUGCCAAAGUUCCGCAUCCGCGGCCUUGACACGAGCCGCUUCCCCAACCACCUCUUUGUCGCUUGUGGCGACCUCGACAUUCUCCAUCUUACCGCCAAGAACUACUUUGCUGAGGUGGCGGAAGCCGAGAAGAACAAGAAGGUGACAUUUGUGAGCGUCCACAGAGAGGAGCAUGGGUGGGACAAGGCCCCGCUCGUACCGGAAUCGGUCGAGUCUCGCGACGAUACAUACCGCCAGAUGUUUGACAACAUCAAGGCUUCCUUCAGCAGCUGA